CUUUGACCUUUGUCAACAGUGUAAUAUAACGAUGUAAUAAUAACCACAUUGUAUUAUUAACCAUUCCAAAAUAAGGAUUAGCUCUCCAUGAGAUAAUCUAUAACACUUUCUAUUUAGCUUUCUGACCAUUGCUUAAUAUGUUCAAAAAAGUGUCGCUAUCGUUUGGGAGCACUCUCGUGACGAUCAGUAAGAUUGCGAAACAUGUUAGAAUGAUGUCAGAUAUUUCAGAUGUCCUUUUGGAAGUAAAGGGAAAUGUCGGUUUAAUUACUUUAAACCGUGCAAAGGCUUUGAAUUCUUUAGACUUAGGAAUGGUUAGCCUCAUAUACCCAACAUUAAGUGAAUGGGAAAAAAAUGAAAAUAUUGGAGCAAUAGUGAUUAAAGGAGUUGGAGGAAAGGCUUUCUGUGCUGGUGGAGAUGUUAGAGUAAUUGCUGAGGAGGGUAUAUUGGGCACUGGUGGUACAUUACGACAGGAUUUUUUCAAAGAAGAAUAUCAAUUAAAUAAUGCAAUUGGAACAUUAAAGACUCCAUAUAUAGCUCUGAUAGAUGGUAUUACUAUGGGAGGGGGUGUUGGUCUUUCUGUACAUGGCCAUUUUCGUGUUGGAAGUGAAAAAACACUUUUUGCCAUGCCUGAGACCGCUAUUGGUUUUUUUCCCGAUGUCGGUGGAAGUUUUUUCUUGCCAAAGUUGCAAGGAGAACUUGGUACAUUUCUAGCGUUGACAGGACAAAGAUUAAAAGGAGUAGACGUUUAUCGCGCUGGUGUUGCAACUCACUAUGUGGAAUCUGAGAAGAUGUUUGAACUCGAACAAAGUAUACUUUCAAUGAAAGAACCCACUAUAAAAAAAAUACUUCACUUACUUGAACUGUAUCACAAAGAAAGCAUAGCGAAAACCUCAACGGAGUUUUCUUUAAACCGACAUUUAGAUUGCAUUGUAAGAUGUUUUUCUAAAGAUUCUGUGGAAGAGAUUGUUGAACAAUUAGAAAAAGAAGACUCUGAUUGGGCCAGAUCGCAGAUAAGUACAAUUCUUAAAAUGAGUCCACUGUCAUUGAAAGUUGCCUUGAAACAAAUUAGAGAAGGAGCAAAACUACGAACACUUUUUGAAUGUUUGACUAUGGAAUACCGUAUCUCACAGCAUUUUAUGAACGAUAAGGACUUUUACGAAGGCAUACGAGCAGUGUUAAUCGAUAAAGAUAACCAAGCAAAAUGGGAUCCAAACAAGUUAGAGGACAUCAGCAAUGAAAAAGUUGACUCGUAUUUUGCCAGUUUGGGAGAAAAAGACUUAAUUUUUUAGAAUUAGGUAGUUCAAUCCAAACUCUAAUAAAUGAAAUAAAUUUUGCAAGUGUGAAUGCAAAGGGUUAAAGACAAACUGCACAAUUAUUUUCAUUUAGUAAAAUUUUACUUGACACCGUAUUACUUGGUUUCCAUUGGGGAAGAAUUAACACAUUGAAAAGACAAUUAUCUUUAAUGAUCUGUACAUUAAUGCGUACAGACAAUAAAUCGUUGGUGGGCUGUACAAAUGCUUCUUUUAAUUGUGUUACACAUUUCAAUGAUUACUGUGGCUUUAACUUGUGUUUAAAACUAUGUUAUAUUUAUGAUGCAUCUACCUGCAAGAAUGAACAAAUUUAUAACGCUUGUGACAAGUGUAAAA